AUGGAUACAUAUACAUGUUUGGAAGAUUUAUCAAAUGAAAUUUUUUUUGAAUUAUUUGAUUAUUUACAUGCACUUGAUAUUUUUACUGCUUUUGCUUCAUUAAAUAAACGAAUUUCAUCUAUUUUACAAUCAAUUGCACUUCAUGUUAUCAUCUUAAAUAAUCAUUAUGAUCAAGAAAUUAAUUUUCUUUCUUCUCAUCUUACUUUUCAUGCUCAUCAAGUCAUAUCAUUAAAAUGUUAUGAUACAAUUCGUGAUCGUUCAUCUAUUAUUAGUUUAUUAUUUGAUCGACAUCAUUUUAUUAAUCUUCAAUCAUGUAUAUUUAUGUUGGAUAAACCAUCAGAUCAAUUUGAAAAUGUUCUUAAACAAAUUGAAAAUUUGAAUAGACUUGUUUCAUUUUUUGUCAUACAACCAGAUUAUAAAAAAAUCAGUGAGACAGACAAAUGUGAUAUAACUCGAACUAUAUUCAUGAAUACAUUAUCUUCUCUUCGUUCAGUUAUGCUUCGUUAUAAUUAUAAUUAUAAUUACUCCAACAUAUCAACUUAUACUUUAAAUGCUUCGAAUCUUAUAUCACUUGAUUUGUUAAUAUCUGGCAAAGUAAAUACAGUAUCAAUUUAUUCAAUUUUGCCAAUUCUUCGUGUUUGUCAUAGAAUACGAUAUCUACAUGCCAUAAUAAAUGAAUUAAUUCCAUCAAGGAAAACUUUCCCUGUUAAAGUUCAAAAACCAUUUAUUUAUGAAAUUGAUCUUGUUAUAUCGUCACAAAUCAAAUCUUUUCAUUUAUCAAUUUCUGUUGAAUGUAGCAUUCGUUCAAUCGGUUAUAUCUUACGUUGUAUGCCUAAUCUUAUUCAUUUUAAAUUUUAUCAUGAAGCACGAACAGUACAGUGGGAGAAUGCUCAAGAUUUGGUAAAUGGUUAUAAAUGGCAAAAUAUGUUUGAAAUACAUGUUCCAUUUUUAUCUAAAUUUGAUUUUCAUAUGUUAAUUCAGAAAUAUAAUCCAAAAUUGGAUUUAGAUAUGAUUAUAAAUUCAUUUGAAUAUUUUCUUAAAAAAUAUCCCGAAUGGCAAAUGAUUAUUGAUCGAUGGAAAACUUAUGGCAAAUAUCCAGGUAAUGCAUGUCCAAAUGUGAUUAAUCUUAAAAUUAGUGCUUCAUAUUGGAUUUUAUCAGAAUUUAUCAAUAAUCCAUUUCUUAUUUCAAUUUUCAAAAAAAUUAAAGUACUUAUAUCAAUAAGAGAAAAUCGUUAUAUUCCUUCAAAUUUUCUAUUAAAACUUGUUGAACGUUUUCCAUCAAUUACUAAUAUUGAAUUUGAAAUGUUUUCAUUUGAUGAUUGUAUAUCUGCUAUUGAUAUAUUACUUAAUUAUCUAAAAGAUUUGUGUUAUCUUAAAAUUUAUUAUAGUCAAGAUUCAGUACUCGAUCAUCCUUUUUCUCGUAAUUAUAUUAUUGAUAAACGUCGUCAAGCAUUUAAUAUUAAUAUUAUCAAUCAAUAUAAUGUUAUAGUUAGCAAGAAUAGAGAAUCUGUAGAAAUUAGGUUAUGA